CAGACUUGCAGCCCCAAGCUGCUCCACUUCCCUCCUUGGACGGCGAAUAGACUAGCGGUAUUCCGGAAUGUUUAGAAGUACCUCGAGCCCAGGCACAAUUGCCAUCAGUCUAGACCUUGCAUUCAAAUGGCCCCCGCUCGUCUGGUUUGUCGAAUGUUGACGGCCGAGAUUGUGACAGCCCAGAUGCGGCGGGUCAUACAUAUAUAGGAGACGCCAUGGCGCGUCUCAGCUGUAGGUCAAUUUUUGCACUUCGGGAUACUACACCCGUCCGUUCCUUUUUCUUUUCCUUUGAAUUGUCUGAUUUGUAGCCAUAGUAGUCAUUCGUUUCCGAGCAUGCGCGACUUCCUCUCCCUCGUCGGGCUGGCCAGCACAGUCGCCUUCUCUUCCGCUGCCGUCAUUCCUUCAACGCUCGCAGCAAUAUCGUCGUCCAUUGGCCAAGUGUCUCAGUUAACACCGACGGAGGUGACAUCCGCGGAAAUUCAAAGUAGCAGUGACAGUAUAAUUGUCGCAGCCAGCGGGUCAUGCACAGGCCCGAUUAAAAGCUCUCCUACACGCUACUGGCUCGCUGAUCAAGAUCACAGCGGAAAUGCUCGUGGUUAUGCCCCCAAUGUGAACAAUACGAACUAUCCUGUGUGGCGCAAUGUCCUGAAUUACGGUGUCAGCAAUGAUGGGUCUGGUAACCAGACAUCGACUUUACAACGCGCCAUCAACGAUAACGGUUCAGGUGGCAGUCGGAAAAGCAGCGGGGUCACUCGUUAUCCUGCAGAGGUCUUCCUCCCCGGAGGAACCUAUCAAUUGGGUAGUACACUCGAACUACGCGUGGGCACCAUUGUUACCGGAGACCCGCUAAAUCCUCCCGUGCUGAAGGCGGCGCCGAAUUUUGACGGGGAUACCUUGGUGAUGGGGUAUGAUUCGGGCAAUGGAAACCCGGAAACCAGUUUCAUGACCCUGAUGAGAAAUGUGGUGCUGGACACCACGGCUCUCAGUGCUGACACAAAGAUCACGGCGCUGCAGUGGGGUGUAGCGCAGGGCUCUGGCUUGACCAACGUCCAGAUUGACAUGCCGACCAGCUCCACGGGCCACACCGGCAUAUACAUCAAGGCUGGUUCGACAAUUGCCGUCACCGAUGUGCAAAUCACCGGCGGUGCUGUGGGUAUCAAGAACUCUAACCAACAAGUCAACUUCAAGAACAUCUCAUUUAAAUACUGCACGACGGCAUUCGAAGCAGCUGGUGGCCACACUGUUCUACUACAAGGAGCAACAUUUGACACCUGUGGCACCGGCAUCAAUAUGACUAGCAACAGUCUGGGUAGUCUCGUGCUGCUCGACUCAUCUUCUAUCAACUCUGGACCGGUCGUUAGAUUCCAUGACUCAUCCAACGACAGUGGGAACCGCAAUAGUCAGAUCCUGAUUCAGAACCUGUCGCAUGAUAACAGCAAUGCCAUCGCUGUUGAUAGCAAAGGCAGUGUCAAAAUGGGCGCUGUCUCGCACGUCGACACCUGGGUCUGGGGAAAUGUUACCCCCGGCCAGUACGAGAGCGGAACCAGCUUUAGUACCUCACGCCCGAACGUACUGCUUGCGAAUAACAAGUACUUCACCAGGGCGCAACCAACCUACGCCGAAUACAGUAGUAAUCAGAUCAUCAAUGUCAAGGCUGUAGACGGCUACUCUGUCAAGGGAGACGGUUCCACCGACGAUAGCGCGUCCCUGAACGCUAUUUUGGCGGACAAUGCAGCAAACUGUAAGAUUACCUAUUUUCCAUACGGCGUAUAUCUCGUCAAGGAUACACUUUUCAUUCCUCCAGGCUCUCGUAUCGUGGGCGAGGCCUGGGCAGUGAUUACCGGAGCGGGAGAUGCCUUCAAAAAUGCGGACAAUCCUAAGGCGGUUGUGCAGAUUGGAGAAGAGGGGGACGUGGGUGUGGCGGAAAUUCAAAACAUGAGAUUCAGUGUGGCCGAGAUUCUUCCGGGCGCGAAGAUUCUCGAGAUUAACAUGGCAGGCAGUGCACCCGGCGAUGUGGCAUUAUGGAACACGAUGGCCACCGUAGGAGGUACUGCAGAGACCACUAUUGCCAACAGCUGCACCAACCAGGAUACCUCUCAGUGUAUGGCGGCAUUCAUGGUCCUCCAUCUGACAAAGACCUCGUCCGCGUAUAUUGAGAAUUUCUGGGGCUGGACGGCUGAUCAUAACCUUGACGGUGGGCCCAUCACGAUCAUCUCCACGGGCCGUGGUAUUCUGGUCGAGGCCACCCAGGGAACCUGGCUUACUGGUACCGGGUCUGAGCAUAAUUGGUUGUAUAACUACAACCUCCAUAACGCACAGAAUGUCUACGCGGGCCUUCUUCAGUCGGAGUCCCCAUACAUGCAAGGGGAUGGAGCCACACAGGCUGCUCCUGCUCCAUGGACAGCUGAAUCCGAGUUCGGUGACCCAGACUUCGCUUGGUGCGACCAAGGUGACCAGAAGUGCCGUACCUCGCUUGCAACCAAUGUGGACGGUGGGUCGGAUAUCCUUCUGUAUAACUCCGCCGCAUGGGCAUUCUUCAACGGGCCCUGGGAUGGGACUUAUAGCCAUCAGUGCAACGGCUCGUGUCAAACCAACAUGAUGCGCGUAACAAACUCUCCCAACAACCUCGUGUGGUAUUCAAUCAGCACCCGGAAGACCGACGUCAUGGUACUGGACGAUGAAUCGAAUCCUAUCGAGUACAAUCAUCCUGGCGGAUGGGAAGCGAUUAUUCAGGCGUACCGACAAUUUGCUGGGACUCAGUAGGGGCUAUGCAUUGUAUAUAGUGUUUCAUGGUAGUGUAAUUAGAAGAUGAUUAAUUAUGUUUGGAGCUUC